AACUGAAAUACUUUGGGCCUUAUGUUUAACUCUUUGAUAGCCGCGUCUAGAUUAUUUCUACGAAGCAAAGUUGCAGUCUCGAUUAGGGGAGAGAACUACAACAUAAUAUAUCGGUUUUACAGAAAAAUGAACCGAGCCGUAGUAAGAUGUGUUCCGUCGGAAUCCAAGCUCACCAUUUCUUUCGCCCUUGAUGGUAGCAAUAAACAAAUGCUCAGGGAUCAGACCGAGGAGCUUGGCAAAGCACUGGCACGGAUCGCGAACAGUUUAAUCAAGGGACAGGGGAAAGCGAAGAAAUCCAAGAAAAACAAAGGUUCGCCCACAGAAGCCCCAGAUCCCGCUGUAUCCGUGAGGUUAUACUAUAACGGAGACGUUGUACCAGAGGAUGCUAUAAACUCCGAAGCGUGGCAGGAUGGUGCGGUGUUACACGUUGGAAACCGCGAGUACACAGUGGAAAGGAACCCUCCCACGUUUACUACGACAGAGCUACCGGCAUCUCUUCUGGCCGGCUUCCCCGUGUGUCCGAGGCUUGAAGUAGAAUUCGGGGAUCUGAAAGACUGUCGGUUUAAAUGGUUCAAAGAGAGGGCGCCCGUUGCGGGUGAUGAACGUGGUCGGGGAGAGGAGGGUUGGGUUGAGGUGGGGAACGAAAGGGUGUUUAUCCCCUCCAAUAUGGACAUUGGCUGUAAACUAAAACUGACAUGCACGCCGGGAGACGGUAAAAGGUGUGGGGUGGAGGAGGAAUUGGUAACUGUCGCUACAGUCGAGGCGGGACCUGGCACCUGUACGUUUGACAACAGACACAUGUACACAAACAAGGUUACUGACGACUUCACCGUCAGAGUGGUGUCAUACAACAUCCUCGCGGAUGUUUAUGCACAGACCGAGCUCUCCAAAACCGUGCUGUACCCCUACUGCGCCCCGUAUGCUUUGGAGCUGGACUACAGACAAAGUCUUAUAAAAAAAGAACUGUCGGGAUACAACGCCGACGUCAUCUGCCUUCAGGAAGUUGACAAGAGCGUGUUCUCUGACAGUCUGUCUCCGGCUCUGGAUGCGUUUGGUUUCGAUGGCGUCUUCAGGAUCAAGGAAAGGCAACACGAGGGCUUGGCAACCUACUACAGGAGGUCAAAGUUGAAACUUCUCAGUCAACAUGACAUCAUGCUGAGUGAGGCCCUGACGUCAGACCGUCUACAUGAAGAGCUGUUAGACAGAGUCAACAGUAACCCGACGUUGAAGGACAAGGUGGUGCAGAGAUCUACCACGCUACAGGUGAGUGUGCUUCAGUUUCAGAACGAACCAUCCAAGAAGAUCUGUGUGGCCAACACCCACCUGUACUGGCAUCCCAAAGGUGGGAAUGUGCGUUUGGUCCAGAUCUCUGUGGCUCUGAAACACCUCCAGCAUGUGAUCACCCAGAGUCACCCGGACGCCUCCCUCCUCUUCUCCGGAGACUUUAACAGCACCCCCUCCUCUGGGGUCUUCCAGCUGAUGUGCCAGGGAGCUCUUCCCCAAAGCCACCCCGACUGGAGCUCCAACGGGCCAGACGAGCUCUGUCCCAUGGACGCCUCCAACCCCUUCCGGCUGAGCAGCGCCUGCGGGGAGCCCGCCUACACCAACUAUGUGGGUGGCUUCCACGGCUGCCUGGACUACAUCUUCAUGGAGCCACGGGUGUUCCAGGUGGACCAGGUCAUCCCACUGCCCAACCACCAGGAGGUCACCACCUGUCAGGCCUUGCCCAGCGUCUCGCACCCUUCUGACCACAUUGCUCUGGUCUGCGACCUCCGGUGGAAGCUGAGCCCAGCCAUGUCCUCCGCUCUACCGUGAACAUGUCCUCCGCUCUACCGUGAACAUGUCCUCCGCUCUACCGUGAACAUGUCCUCCGCUCUACCGUGAACAUGUCCUCCGCUCUACCGUGAACAUGUCCUCCGCUCUACCGUGAACAUGUCCUCCGCUCUACCGUGAACAUGUCCUCCGCUCUACCGUGAACAUGUCCUCCGCUCUACCGUGAACAUGUCCUCCGCUCUACCGUGAACAUGUCCUCCGCUCUACCGUGAACAUGUCCUACGCUCUACCGUGAACAUGUCUGUGGGUCCUUGGUUGUCUCUUAGCUGCUCACAAGUAUGACGAGAGGGACCUUUUGACCUUCAGAAGAGUUAAGCUGCAGGCAAGGAGGCUGGAUGUGAGGAAGAUUGUGUUUUAGGUCUUUGCCAGGGUACCAUGGAACACAGUUCUUCCUCUAGACGUCUAGUGAACCAAUUAAAUUACUCUGCUAAAUAUCUGAUACCAAUGAGGAGCCUCCCAGAGACCACAAACCAACUGACCAAUCAGACACUAAAAAACAACACCCAGCCCAAUUCCCAGCCAUAGUAAGAUGUUUUGUGGGAAUCCAAGCUCACUAAUAGUUAAUUACCCAAAACCCCAUCUUGUAUAACAACCGAUAGUCAUGGUUACAAUAUUAAAAUUGUUUAAAUCUU